GAAUAAAACGCGUCCAAAAAUGCUUGCUGCAAAUAUUAUUAACGUUGCAGCACAUGACAUGAACAAAAAAAAAGGCAUAAUCGAACUUGACGGUCUUCAUUAUGACCAUAAAUGGUUACCAAAUGUGACAGACCUUCCCAUUCACAACAGGAAAUAUAAGUAUCCAAGGAUAAAUAAAACUAUGGAGUCAAAUCAUUAA